AUGUAUGUACACGUCAACACCUCCAUACCUAGCAGAUGGAACGGGCGGGCCUGCCUUGCAGUACAACUUCAGCUGCGUACGUCAAGCAGCUGCCCGUGCUGGGACAACAGCCACUGUCACUGUCAUAAGCACCUAAAUGCGCUGUCUCUAGGCGAUAGACCACAGAUAGUCUAG